ACGCACUUGGAUAGUCAACACUUCUAGAGACAGCGACGUCUGUCAUGGCACCCUCAAGAGCACCAAUAUCACAAGAAAGCAAUGUCAACAACGUAUACGCGCUCUCCUUGCUUUCUGAGUAUACUCACACUCUUGACUCCCUCCCACUCGACCUCUCUCGCAACUUUGCAGACCUCCGUGAACUCGACGCAGUUUUGUCGUCGUCUAUGACAUCCAUCACCGCAAAAAUACAAUGUCUAACACAGAUGAUCGAAGAUGGCACGAUGGGAAAGCAGGAGCGUCUUUUCCUGCUCACAGAUAUAGCAGAGGAGGCUGCACGUUUGAAACUGGGCGGCGAAGACAAGAUUCGUGUCGCAUGUCAAGCCGCUGACAACCUCAAAAGCCAUACAUUACAUAUGAGGACGCUUCUCACUCUCUUGCCAUCAUUCGAUGCGUCCGCAUUGAACCGCAAGACAACUUACCCCCAUGUCGCUGUUCGGUCAUAUAUGCCGACCAUCGAGAACUCGCGUCGUAGAAGAGGCAACUACGGAUCAAUCAUGAAUACGGCGAAUCAUGAAUCCAGCCCUUCUAAACGGAAACGGGCAGUGAGGGAAGACGACUUGGAUAUCGGAGGCGGUAAAUCGCCGCGCAAGGAGAGGAAUGGGGAUAGCAAUAUUUCGCGAGCUCGAAAUGGUGCUCGUUCACGAAAACAAGAACGUGCUGUCUCUCCCACAGAAUCAGUUCUCUCUGUCAUCUCGCACACUGUAGCACCGGUGUCUCAAGCCUAUGCAGGGAGCUCAAGAGCUGGUGGUUCAUCGAGUCGCGCUAUCAACCCCUCGAAUAGGCGUUCCAAGCCGAAUCCUAACACCUAUGAUGAUUCGCAUGUCAAUGGAUCUGUCAACGGCCGACGUGACAUCUUCCCCGCACCACCUUCAUCAUCAGUCUCUCACCCCUCUUUACCUAUGCCUUAUGGAUCGAACGGUAUACAUACUUAUGAUAUUCCUGGUACUCACACACUUGCCAAUGACUGGGGAGCCCCUCCUCAUGGACAACUCGAAGGUCCAGGCAUGCCUGUGACACGGAACACACACACCGGCCUAUCGAUUAGUUCUGCUACCAUCCUAACCCCUAACCUGCCUCUGGUAUCUCCAAGUGAAACCCAUGCUGCCAAUGCCGCGGGAGACACGGCCACCGAAGUUGGCGAAGGUGACGGGGAAGGUGAUGAUAGGACCUACUGCUUCUGUGAGGGUAUAAGCUACGGGGAAAUGAUUGCAUGUGACGACGUGAAUUGCGAGAGAGAAUGGUUCCAUCUUGCAUGCAUUGGCCUCACGGUGCCUCCAGACGGAACGUGGUUCUGCGAAGCUUGCAGGCAGAAGAAGAAUGCGAAACGUGGGUCGAGGGCAAAUAAAAAGCGUUCGGGCGGCGGCAGCACGCGGUCGGGGGGUAAAGCUGCUAACAAC